UAUUAACCCCAGCAGUCCCAAGACCUUUCUUCUUCUUCAUCAUCUUGUUCCCAAUUACUCUCUUAUUCAUCUUCAUCUUCUGUGUUCUCCAAACUCCAGAGUCUGUGUUUCAGGGCAGAUGGGUCCGAUGGUAGCGACCCAAUUGGUGACGGGCCUGGGAGUGCUGGCUGGAGCCGUCCUGGUCAAAUCGGUGAUGGACCAGAAGCCCAUGGCCGGACCCUUCACGCGCUGCCCGUCCUGCAACGGGACCGGCCAAGUCUCCUGCCUCUGCUCUCGCUGGUCCGACGGCGACGUCGGCUGCCGCACUUGUUCCGGUUCGGGUCGCAUGAUGUGCAGCAGUUGUGGCGGCUCCGGAACCGGACGGCCCUUACCCUCAAAGCUCAUCGUUCGCCCGCCAAACCGCGGCACCCACUGAUUCGCCGGUCCGAUUCCAAAUUUCGCCGUGGCAGAUCCGUAAUUAUUCCUAGAUAGAUCAAUCUCACACCCUCUUUUCUCUAGGUAUAUAUAUAUAUAUAGAUUGAAAUCAUAGUUUUUUUCUUGUAUUUUUAAAAUUUUUGCUGGGAAUCCCCAAAUGGUUGAAGAAUAUUACUUUAUAGAAAGUAAAUGGCAUUUGAAAUAGAUUUUGGGGAUUUUAUGUUAGCAUUCUAGUUUAGGUUAUUAUAAGGAGAUUCGUGGUUAAGAAAACUUCUAGUGGAGUUUAUUUCGGGAAGUAAUCAAUUGUUCACUUCACUGACAAAGAUUUGGGAUUCUUUAUGGAACUGAUGAAAUUGAAGAAACGAAUGGUUUUCAAUUUUUCAAUUUCAGAA